AUGCACUUUCCUAGAAUGCGAUUGAGGCAAGGUGGUAGCGGGAUUUGUGGAGAUGCAGUUUUAACCUCUACCCUUGGAGGGAGGCCGGGGGCUGUGGAGGACCGACGGAGGUGGAGCUUUGGGGAGGGCAAGGAGGCCGCGGGCGGUGGUGGCUGGCGGUCCGGCCGGUGGAGGUCGCGAUGGAAUAGAGGUGUUCAUGGCGGGGCGGCGGCGGCGCUCUUCGUCUUCCCCGGCGGUGGCGGUCUCGGCCCUAUCCUAUGGCAGAUCCUCUUCUCCUUCACAUGGCGCGGGAGGAGGGAUGGGAGGCCACCUUCCGAGGUCCCCGGCCCGAUCUGUAUUGCUGCCACCGCUUCGGCCUCUACCGCCGGCACCUCUACACCAACUCUGUGUGGCGUCUCGCGUCGCCUGUAUUCCUUCCUGGCCCACAACCUAGACGAUGGGUCGCCGUACAUCCUUCUCUUGCCACCGAGAGGCCGAGAGGAGGUUGUUUCAGGAGAUGCCGACGUGAAUGUGGUGGUGCGGUCGUCAGCGUGCGAGACAGGAGGAGGCCUGACGGUGGUGCUGUGGCCUGUGGGCACUGUUAUAGCGUCGGAAGAUGAAAAAGACUUCCUCAAGCUGAGCCCCAACCCAAGUUUUGUUUGGUCAGACUACUUUCCUGUGGUGGCCAUCUCCCCUGUCGCUUCCUCCCCUACGAACGCGAUCCGGGUGAUGAUCGACGGCUCCAGCAGAAGCAAUGAUGUCACUUGGUAUUUCUAUUCCACUCCUUGCUGCACGCCUAUUCCCCAACUUUUUCUAGGAUAUUUGAUCUUGAAAAUUUAGUAAUAGUUCUCUGUAAUCCAUAGAGGUUAUAGCAUUGGAUCCACGCAGGUGUACUAGAUAUCUACAUCGAUGCAUUUUUAUAACUGAAAGUGUAGUCGCAUCAUAUACAGUUAUACACUUAAAUAUGUGAACUCUACACUAUUUAUUUGUGAAGUAGACCGUGAAUUGCAGAAUUUAGCAUGUUGAUCAGGGAAAGCUUCCAUAGAGGUCUGGUUUUGGAAUCAUAACUUAAAUAGUCUUUUCGCUUUAUUUAACCGAAAAUUGUAGUAUCCUUCGUUGAUGAGUUCCUGGAUCAGGGGUAGUGUGUGCUCAACAUCUCAAGUGUAUUGAUGGAUACAAAAGAAAAAGGAUUCAGUUUUAAGGCAUAUGGUAUUUCCUUGUGAAGCCACUGAACUUAAUCUUCUCAGUGUGGUUGUCAAAUUUUUAUUCAAUCUUAGACAGUUAUUUCGCCAUUCCGUUAUCUCUGAUUUUGUAGGAACCAUCCCUACUAUUUAGACUUUAGACUUUGUUUAAAUCUAUUUGUUUGUUAUUCCUCUUGAUUCCGUUUUUCUCCUGAGGUCAUUAUUCUAAGCUUUGAGC